ACGCGCUACGUAACAUAAACUGUACCGCACCGAGCGGCGCCGAAGCUAAGCAAGUUAGCGCCGGCCAGACGGGUUUCUCGAGGCAGCCAGCCGGCACGGGCCAGUCGGCGAAUAUGUGCCGAUUGCUCCGGCGACAUGGUUUCAAUAGGUUCUCACGAACGUAGUCGCGUCAAUGGGCGUGCGCUUGUCAACGCAGCGGCAAGAUCAAGAACGAGAAUGCAGGUGUGCGCCGUGAUGGUUGCGUGCCUGUGGGCCUGGGUGGGCGCUGGCGACGUGAUCCGCAACGAGGACAUAUGCGGACCGCACAACGGCCGACGGCUCUACCUCGAGCUCGGGGAACAAGGCGUCUUGAGCGCCGACAACGUGACGUUCGUCAAGAACUCGCCGCAGCAAGACGCGUCGAGGCCCUACGCCACCAGCAACAGCAGCCACGAUCAGUGCAGCCUUGAGUUGGUCACCUGCCCCUCCUGCGUCAUCACCGUCACCUUCAAAAGCAUUAGCCUUUUACAUCACUGCGGCGAUGGUGGAAUGACCGUCGACAGCCCUUGCAGGUGCGACUACGUGUGGAUAUCGGAACCACCCUACGAGGAUGUGUCCGGCACACCAUUUUGCGGCCACUACGCGCCAAUAACCUACCGCUCCAACACGAGGACACUGUCCAUCGUUCUGCUUUACAGCCAGUCUCACGAGCACGCCUUCAGUCUGGAGUACACGGCUGAAAGGAACCGACUGCUGCUGAAGGGCUCGAACAGCGUAAGCGACAUGUCCAAAUCCAUGAACAAUAGCGGCGGUGGAGUCUUGACCUCGCCGUUCUUCCCGUUGCGUUACCCCCGCGAUCUUGGCAUGGAGUACAUUAUCGCCUGUCCAAGCGAAGCUCCAUCGUGUCAGGUGAGAGUGCUGUUCAGUGACUUUCAGCUUGCUCCGGUGUCCAUCAUGGAGUUCUACGACUGGAAUGGGCAGAGAUUGGACGUGAGCAGCGGGGCCCGCUUCCGACCUCCGAUAAUCGUGUCCACGGGACCGUCGCUGCUGAUCAGAUUCUACGCAAACGGCGGCACGGGUCUCGGCUACAAGGCCUUCUACUCGUUUGUCCCGGUGCUCGCGCACGACAGCCACAGCCAGCCCAUCACCGACUGCGGCGGCUACGUGGAGAACCUGGGCGGCGCUAUCACCAUGAUGGACAUGGUAGGCGAGGGCGUCCAAACCUACGACUGCGUCUGGCUCAUUCGACCACCCAAGAACUUCAUACACGCGAAGACGCACAUGUACCUCAAAGUCAUCACCUUCGCCGACAUGGCGGGAAACACCGAGCUCAUAAUCAAGCAAGGACCAACGUCGGCCCUAAUGCCACUGGAGGUGCUGCGUCAUCCGGUCAGUCAGCUGCAGCCGCCAAAGAUGCGGGAGCACGUGACCCCCGUGACCAGUGGAUUCCACGUGAGCUUUCGCGGCAGCUUCGGGCCCAACUCCAGACUGGCCAUCUCUUACGCGACUUUCAGCUACAUGGAUUGCUUCACCGGCACGGACUUCCUGUGUCAAAACCACCGCUGCAUCUCGAGUCAACUGAACUGCGACGGCUUCGACCAUUGCGGCGAUAACAGCGACGAACCAGCGACCUGCUUGCAUGCCGAGUGGGAGAUCAAUAUGCCAGACCGCAAAUGGCAGCUGAACAAGGCCAACUAUUACUUUCCCAAGAUCGACCGCUACCCCGAUCUGAAAACAGCCACUCUGGUUUUCGUGGCCAGCAGCCUUGGGCUCAUUGUGCUCAUAUCGGCGCUCAUUAUCCUUCUCUAUGGAGUCGGCGCCAGGGCCAGGCAGCAGCGCGAGCUGCAAUCCAGACUGCGGACCAUCAGCGAGCUUCUGGUUAUCGAACUUGCAGAUGGUGCGCACAUCGAUGAGAUAUCGGUGGCGGACGACCCGCCGGUCUACGAGGCGCCGCCCAACUACGACGAAGUCAUCAAGAUCGGCAUGGAGGACGAAGCUGGCUCGAGCAGAAGGAAGAAGCAGCGCAGCCCGCGGGACGGCAGGAGGAGUAGGAGCAUACCACCCAGUCAGUGCUCAUGCGACUGCGAGCCGCAGCUCACGCUCGACAUUUACGAAGACCCGACCGCGACCAACCGCAGCGAGCUGCCGAUGGCCCACGCUGCCGACUUGAGCGAACAAUCGAUUUCAACGCCCGAGAGUCCGCCGCCAGCCUACGUCACUCCACCGGGAACUCUUUCGCGACCACUCAGCUUCGCAACGGCGAACGACCUUCCGGGUCCUAGCGGAGCUGCGACUCAUCCGGCAGGCGCUAGCCCCGGGUCGCCAGCGGCGGUCUGCGGUGCACGAAGAUGCAGGCCCGAGUGCAGCGGAGGGCGGCGAGGUCGACAACGCGAGUGCCGCUCUCUGCCGACCUCGCGAGCCGCCUCGGCCGAGCGCGACGCGACGCUAGCGGCGACGGCCACGUCGACCUCGGCGGUGGCGGCCGCCACGGCCGAGACGGACGGGGCGGACGAGUCCGCUCUCGGUGCGUAUUCGGCGGCGCACUCGCUGCUGGCGCCGCCUUCUCAUCGAGUCCCUCCGAUUAUCCUGCCGCAGUCGACGCUGUCGAGCGCUGCCUCAGCAUGCACGAGGCCCGCGUGCGCCGCCAGCUGCUGCGCGGCCGCCGGCCGACUCCGCCGAAGACGCGGGGUCGAGGGGCCCGGGGCCGCGGACGAGCCUGAGCCGGAGGCGGCCGAGCGGCGGCCCGUCCACUCGAGCUGCUCCUGCCAGGGGGCCUGUGGCUGCGCCAUCAACGCCCGCCCCGCCGCCGCGGCGCUCGACCCGAGGGCCGACUCGACUAGCGCCGACGACUCGGCCUCCGUCCGGCCGGCCUGGUACGCCAACGUCGCGAGCUCUGAUUCGGCGCCGAGCUCGCUCGCCAGCUGCUCCAGCUCUUGCAAGCUCUCCGUCUGUUCGAGGGACAGUCGCGCUACCAAUAUCUCCAGCCUCAGCGCCUGCGACAGUUCCGACAGGCUGCACCUCGACAGCUUGGAUGUCAUCUCCGAGACGACCAGCGUUCUGGGACCCGACACGCUGGCCAAUACGCCCAUCGGCGCCACUCCCACGAAGAUCGUCGCUCAGUCGGCCACCGGCUGCGAUAUCAACGGCCUUUGCGAGAGCAUCAGGGUCCUCGACACCUUCCUGGCUCGGCGCCAUGCCGCAGCGACCAGUCGAGCCGCGGGAGCAGUUAGAAAGACCGGUAAGCCGAUGACUGCGAUGGUGCUUGGCACUUCGAGCCACAGCAAUGACCGACGAUCAUCCACCUCGACUAACUGUACCGACUCGUCCAAAAGGGAACAGGCGAGAAGAACACUCUGACGCUCAACUGAAGACAAUCGGGCCGAAUAGAUCUCGUUUGCAUUUCCCAUUUUCGUAGCAGCUGACAAGGGAAGUGAUACGAGGAUUUUGCCAUGUCAAAAUAUAAGCAGCCAUUUGAUCUGUUUAGCAGCGAACAAUAUUUUAAUUAUACUUCAGUUGUAAAGAAUCUGAAUCUUUUUAACGAAGAUUGGGUUAUUGGUUUAUUUAACUGUUAAAUUUUAGCAAACAAUUCGAAUCGAAAACUCCACUUAAAAAUAUUUAUUGAAUCGUAAAGCUUUGUUAUAUUGUGCUAUUUUGUUUCACCAAUUUAAACCAUGAAUCUGUACGAAAAAUACAGAGCUUACGACAACAAAUUGAUAGUUUUUCACGACUAUAUUUUUAUAUUAAAGAAAGUAAUUAACGAAGACAACAUAAAACAAAAAAAUUGAUUUUAUUCGAUUAUAAAUAAGAUGAUGUGCAAUGUUAAUAUAAAUCCGUCCCUAAAUCGAAACAUUGUAAUAAUGAUUAUGGAAUUGAAUGUGAAUAAUUCUAUUUGAAUA